CGGCGGCCGAUGGUCCGCGUUGUGCCGCCGCCCCCCGCCCGCCCCGCUCCGACCCGGCAGCGGCCGCAGAUGGCGCGGCGGGGACCGGGCAGGCGGGGCGGGAGGUCACCGGCACCGCCGCCGCUGCUGGCGCUGCUGCUGCUGUUGGUGCUGGGCCCCGCCGCCGCCGCCGGAGAGGAGGUGGCGGUCUCCAAGGAAUGCGACAAGCCGUGCGCCAACGGCGGGCGGUGCCAGCCGGGCACCGGGCAGUGCGAGUGCCAGCCUGGCUGGGUGGGCGACCAGUGCCAGCACUGCGGGGGGCGCUUCAGACUCACUGAACCUUCAGGGUAUGUCACAGAUGGGCCUGGAAAUUACAAAUACAAGACAAAAUGCACCUGGCUCAUUGAAGGAAGGCCAAACACAAUCCUCAGGCUUCGAUUCAAUCACUUUGCCACAGAGUGCAGCUGGGACCACUUGUAUGUGUAUGAUGGAGACUCAAUUUAUGCUCCCUUACUGGCAGCUUUUAGUGGUCUUAUUGUUCCUGAGAAAGACAGCAAUGAAACAGUACCUGAAGUUGUAGCUACUUCUGGAUAUGCUCUUCUACAUUUCUUCAGUGAUGCUGCCUAUAAUCUCACAGGGUUUAACAUCACCUAUAAUUUCAAUAUGUGUCCCAAUAACUGCUCUGGCCAAGGGGAGUGCAGGCUCAACAGCAGCAGCCUGGCCCCGCAGUGUGAGUGUGCCGAGCGCUGGAAGGGAGAGGCCUGUGACAUUCCCUACUGCCCGGGGAACUGCGGCGCUCCUGAGCGGGGCCACUGCAGCCUCAACGGCUCCAGAGCCUGCCUGUGCUCUGCAGGCUGGCAGGGUCCUGGCUGUUCAAUUCCUCUUCCUGCAAACCAGUCAUUUUGGGAACGGGAAGAAUACACUCUUCCAAAACUUGCCAGAGCAUCUCACAAAGCCGUCAUCCAUGACAAUAAAAUGUGGAUUGUUGGAGGCUAUGUCUUCAAUCAUUCUGACUCUCAGAAGGUUUUAGCGUAUGAUCUCAUUUCUGAAGAGUGGCUUCCACUGAACAGCUCUGUGAACUCAGUAGAGAUGAGAUAUGGUCAUUCGUUGGCAUUGCACAAGGAUAACAUCUACAUGUACGGCGGCAAGCUGGAUGCCACGGGGAACGUGAGCAGCCAGCUGUGGGUGUUCCACAUCCCGCGGCAGAGCUGGGCCGUGCUGGCACCCCGGGCCAAGGAGCAGUACGCCGUGGUGGGGCACUCGGCACACGUGGUGACCCUGCGCGACAACAGCACCGUCAUGCUGGUGCUCUUCGGGCACUGCCCCCUCUACGGCUACAUCAGCAACGUCCAGGAGUACAAUCUGCUGACAAAUACCUGGAGCAUCUUGCAGACGAGUGGAGCUCUGGUGCAGGGAGGAUAUGGUCACAGCAGUGUUUAUGAUCCAAAUACAAGAUCAAUCUAUAUCCACGGGGGUUACAAGGCCUUCAGUGCCAACAAGUACAGGCUGGCAGAUGAUUUGUACAAAUACGAAGUGGAUUCCCGCAUGUGGACUAUUCUCAAAGACAGUCGAUUUUUCCGCUACUUACACACAGCUGUGAUUGUGAGUGGGACCAUGCUGGUGUUUGGAGGAAACACUCACAAUGACACCUCCAUGAGCCAUGGAGCCAAGUGCUUUUCUUCGGAUUUCAUGGCCUAUGACAUCGCCUGUGAUCGAUGGUCUGUGCUGCCUCGCCCGGCUCUGCACCACGAUGUUAACAGGUUUGGGCACUCUGCUGUGCUCUACAACAGCACCAUGUAUGUGUUUGGAGGCUUCAACAGCCUCCUCCUGAGUGACAUCCUGAAGUUCACACCUGAGAGAUGUGAGGCUUUUGGCAACGAGUCAUCCUGCCUGGGGGCUGGCCCCGGGCUCAGGUGUGUGUGGGCUCUGCGCCCUCCCCGCCCUCCCCACUGCAUCCCCUGGGAAAAUGCAACACUGGAGCAGCAGCAAAAGGUGUUUGAAGACUGUCCUCCCAAGCCAGCUGUAGACAAUGAAAAAUGUGAUCAGAUUACAGACUGCUACAGCUGCACAGCCAACACAAACAGCUGUCAGUGGUGUUCUGACCAGUGUAUCCCAGCACACAACAACUGCACAGAGGAACAGGUUCCUGUUAUUCUCUAUGACAAUUGUCCUAAGGAUAAUCCUGCCUAUUACUGUAACAAAAAGACAAGUUGUAAAAGCUGUGCCAUGGAUCAAAACUGUCAGUGGGAACCUAGGAAUCAGGAGUGCAUUGCUUUGCCAGAAAAUAUCUGUGGAACAAACUGGCAUUUGGUUGGCAACUCCUGCCUGAGGAUCACCAACGCCAAGGAGAACUACGAUCAUGCCAAACUGUCCUGUAGGUCCAAUGGUGCUUUACUGGCUUCUCUCACCACCCAGAAGAAGGUGGAAUUUGUUCUGAAGGAGCUGCAGAAGAUUCAGUCUUCGCCCAAAACUUUGACUCCUUGGGUUGGACUGAGGAAAAUCAAUGUGUCCUAUUGGUGCUGGGAAGACAUGUCCCCCUUCACCAACACCCUCGUCCAGUGGCUCCCCAGUGAACCCAGUGAUGCUGGAUUUUGUGGAUAUUUAGCUGAGCCUUCCCAACAGGGCUUGAAGGCAGCAACAUGUAUCAACGAGGUCAACGGCAGUGUCUGUGAAAGGCCAGCCAACCACAGCGCCAAGCAGUGCCGCACGCCGUGCGCGCUGCGCGCCGCCUGCGCCGAGUGCACCAGCGGCAGCUCCGAGUGCAUGUGGUGCAGCAACAUGCAGCAGUGCGUGGACUCCAACGCCUACGUGGCCUCCUUCCCCUACGGGCAGUGCAUGGAGUGGUACACCAUGAGCAGCUGUCCCCCUGAAAACUGCUCAGGCUACUGCACGUGUGCUCAGUGCCUGGAGCAGCCGGGCUGCGGGUGGUGCACGGAUCCCAGCAACACCGGCAAGGGCAGGUGCAUGGAGGGCUCCUACCGGGGGCCGGUCAGGAUGCCCACGCCAGCCACGCCAGGCAAGCACAGCCUGGAGCCUGUUCUCAAUGUCAGCAUGUGUCCUGCCGACACCAGCUACAACUGGUCCUUCAUCCAGUGUCCAGCGUGUCAGUGUAACGGGCACAGCCGGUGUGUGAACGAGAGCGUCUGUGAGAAGUGUGAGAACCUGACCACGGGCAGGCACUGUGAGACCUGCAUCUCGGGCUACUACGGGGACCCCACCAACGGGGGCACCUGCCAGCCUUGCAAGUGCAAUGGCCACGCGUCCGUCUGCAACACAAACACAGGGAAAUGUUUCUGCACAACCAAGGGAAUCAAGGGAGAUGAGUGUCAGCUGUGUGAAGUUGAAAACAGAUAUCAAGGAAAUCCACUUAAAGGAACGUGUUACUAUACUCUGCUCAUUGACUAUCAGUUCACCUUCAGCCUUUCCCAGGAGGACGAUCGCUAUUACACAGCAAUCAACUUUGUAGCAACACCUGAAGAGCAAAACAGAGACCUGGACAUGUUCAUCAAUGCAUCUAAAAACUUCAACCUCAACAUUACUUGGUCCACAAGUUUUGCAGCUGGCACACAGGCUGGGGAGGAAAUUCCAGUUGUUUCCAGAACUAAUAUAAAAGAGUACAAGGACAGUUUCUCCAAUGAGAAAUUUGAUUUCCGCAACAACCCGAACAUCACCUUCUUUGUUUACGUCAGCAAUUUCACCUGGCCCAUAAAAAUACAGAUUGCAUUCUCACAGCACAGCAACUUUAUGGACCUGGUGCAGUUCUUUGUGACAUUUUUCAGUUGUUUCCUGUCAUUGCUCCUGGUGGCAGCUGUGGUUUGGAAGAUCAAACAAAGUUGCUGGGCAUCACGACGGAGAGAGCAACUCCUGCGCGAGAUGCAACAGAUGGCAAGUCGCCCCUUCGCCUCCAUCAACGUUGCCUUAGAAACAGAUGAGGAGCCACCAGAUCUCAUCGGGGGAAGCAUAAAGACUGUACCAAAGCCCAUCGCGCUGGAGCCCUGCUUUGGGAACAAAGCAGCCGUUCUCUCCGUCUUCGUGAGGCUGCCUCGAGGGCUUGGGGGUAUUCCACCACCAGGACAGUCAGGUCUCGCCGUGGCCAGUGCUCUGGUGGACAUUUCACAACAGAUGCCAAUUGCCUACAAAGAGAAGUCGGGCGCCGUCCGAAAUCGGAAGCAGCAGCCCCCUGCACAGCCAGGAACCUGUAUUUGAUGCAUGGACAUCAGAAACUGUCUAGGGUUUUAAACACAAUGGAAAAGUAAUACCAAGGAGGAGGAAGAUUUCUAAGUCGUGUCCCAAGAGACUAGAAGCACCCGGAAAAAAACACAACUUCCUUGAACCCGGUUUUUUCUCUCAUCUACGUGCUAGUUGGCUUUAUUUGACAACUGCUCCACUUAAGUUUUACUGACACAUGGCUUCAGAUUGCUCCUUUGUUUUCUUCAAGUUUAAAGCAGAAUGAUUUCGUUGCAGGUGCGGUGAGGUCCAACGCCGCCACUCCUGGUCAGUGUAAAUACAACAGUAGUCCAAUGAAUGACACUCAGGUUUCUACAUGGAAAGUGCUUUGUAGUUCUGUAUUUAUCAAACUGUACAAAAGAAAAAGAUCCAGUGUUUACAGGUGUCAGCUCUCAACACAUAAACACUACUAUUAAUCUUCAAA